UUUGUUCUAUUUUGUUUCAGGAAGAAUGAGUGCUCCAUUUCUUUCACCUGAGCAAAUAGGAGAUAUGCUGAGGGGUGAUCUUUCUGAUAUAGAAGAUUUGAAUGAAGAAGAUGAUGAUGCUGAUGACGAACUUCAAGUGAAUGAAGAAGAACUACAACGGAGGCUACAAGUUUUUGAAGAGGGACUAAAUCAGGUAGAAUAUGAUACUAAUAUUCAGAAUGAUGACCCAGCCCCUGAUCUUCCAGAAGUGAUAGGCCUAGACAAUAAUGAAGGAUUGAUUGAAGUGGGAGGAGAGACUGCAUCUUCUUACAACCCAGUACCUAGAUGGAGGAAACCACGGGAUUUCAGAUUUCCUGAGAAGCUAUGUGAAGUUCAGAUUACACCCCCAGAAGAAAUGAAAACUCCCAAACAGUAUUUUGAUAUGUUUAUUGAUUCAGAAAUAAUUGAGAAUCUAGUAGUCCAGACAAAUUUAUACUCUGUUCAAAAAAGUGGAGCUAGCAUUAACACAAAUAGAGCAGAAAUCGAACAGUUUCUUGGCAUCAAUCUGCUGUCUUCUAUUGUAAGGAUGCCUUCCUAUCGUAUGUACUGGGCCAAUGAAACGAGGUACUCCCCUAUUGCAGACAAAAUUUCUAGAAAUAGAUAUGAUAAACUUCGUACUUACUUCCAUGUAAAUGAUAAUACCCAUAUGCUGCCAUUGAAUGAUGCUAAUCAUGAUAAACUUUUCAAAAUAAGACCAUUUGUGAAUGCUGUUCGAGAAAAUAUGAAGAAGGUAGAACCAGAGGAAAAAUGUUCAGUGGAUGAGAUGAUAAUCCCUUUCAAGGGCAGAUCAAAAAUGAAACAGUAUAUAAAAAACAAGCCCCAUAAAUGGGGCAUAAAAGUUUUUGCUAUUGCUUCACAGAGUGGGAUUGUACAUGACUUUGAGGUUUAUGUGGGGAAAGGGACAGUGAAAUCUACAAAUAAUAAACUGGGACUUAGUGGAGAAAUAGUUGUACGACUUUCAGAAGUUAUACCCAAAUUUCAAAACUACAAAUUGUUUUGUGACAACUGGUUUACUUCAUACCAUCUGAUUUGUGAACUAAAAGUGAGAGGCAUAUUGGCAGUUGGUACUGUAAGAAGUAACAGGCUCUGUGGAUGUCAAUUAGAAAAUGACAAAAUUUUACCAGGGAAAGGUCGAGGCAGCUAUGAUGAAAUGAUUGACAUUGAGAAUGAAGUUUUUGUUUGCAAAUGGUAUGAUAAUCGUUGUGUGAGUCUUGUCUCCAGUUUUGCUGCUGCUGAACCUGUUAAAGAUGUUCAACGAUAUUCUGUUGCAGAAAAACAAAGGAUUCCUGUACCUUGGCCAAAUAUUGUAAAAGAAUACAAUUCUGCAAUGGGGGGCGUUGACCUUCACGAUAUGUUAGUGGAGCUCUAUACAUGA